GUCUCCACGAACAUCCGGGUCUCUUGUGCGUGAAUUCGAUUGCGCAGUGAUUAAUUUGUGUCAUCGAGUAUUUUCAAGGGGGAUCCCAAGUUGUAAUUUUAUUUGUUAUAACUACAGUACCAAUUCUUAAGCAGCUAUGUCUUCAGAAGAACCAGUCGAGUGUCCGUUGUGUAUGGAACCAUUAGAAAUUGAUGAUAUUAAUUUCUUUCCCUGCACAUGUGGAUAUCAGAUUUGUAGAUUUUGUUGGCAUAGAAUUCGAACAGAUGAAAAUGGGCUUUGUCCUGCUUGCAGAAAGCACUACCCAGAAGACCCUGCAGAAUUCAAACCCCUUACAGAGGAUGAGUUACAAAGAAUAAGAAAAGAGAGGAAGCAGAAAGAUCUGCAGAGAAAGCAGAAAGCUGCGGAGAAUAGGAAGCAUCUAGCCAAUGUCAGGGUGGUACAGAAGAAUUUGGUAUUUGUUGUUGGUUUAUCUAAAAAGCUAGCUGAUCCGGAGACAUUAAAAAAGCAAGAGUACUUUGGGAAAUUUGGAAAAAUUCAUAAAGUUGUGAUAAAUCAGAGUACUUCAUAUGCAGGAUCACAGGGUCCAAGUGCGAGUGCUUACGUUACCUACAAUCGCUGUGAUGAUGCUUUAAAGGCCAUUUUAGCGGUGAACAAUGUUCAUGUAGAUGGAAGAACUUUAAAAGCAUCACUCGGAACAACAAAAUACUGUAGCCACUUUUUGAGGGGAGCCCAGUGCCAAAAACAGGAUUGUAUGUACUUGCAUGAAUUAGGUGAGGAAGCAGCAAGUUUUACCAAAGAGGAGAUGCAAAUGGGUAAACAUCAAGAAUAUGAACAAAAACUGUUGGAGCAGUACAUGAAUUCACAGAACAUAGCAAACAGCCAAAUAAACUGCAGUAAAUCUAUUCCAAUACAGAAGAAAACCUCUUCCCCAAUAACAGUAAAUACACCGUCAGAAACCCCUCCCACACCCACUCAAACAGACUCGCCCCAGAGCAUCACCCCUCCGACCAACUCCACGCCCCCCAACACAUCCAACAAAGAGGCUUGGCCAUGUCUACAGCAAGGAAAAACAGAAAACGGUCGACCCAAUCCCAAACCGGACACUAGUAAACCAAAUCACAGACUUCUAACAGACCCCCCAGAAAACAGUUCUUUACAAAAGCCAACAGAUCCUCCUGUGUCUACAGCAGUACCCCCCUUCAAGCCACCCCCUAGACUACCUUUAGGGGUGGGUCUAAAACCAUUUGAGAAUCCAGCUACUAGUCUUUCACUCUUUAGUGGGAAUGGUUUUACCAGAAAUCAGAAAAUCCCUGUGCCUACUCACACAGAAGUUCCUGAUGUUCCCACUACUGAAAUAGCUGACUCUAUCCCAGUGUCUAGUUGUGAAGAUUGGCAGGCCGCUUUCGGAUUCAGCUCCAAAUCAAGAGAUAGCCAAGAUGAUGACCUAGGAUUUGAUCCUUGGGACGAAUCUUCCAAAGGUCUAGCCGAUUUGUUAGAGAAGGAGAACUCUUCACAAUCAUCACAGCCCCAAAGAACAAGUUUUUCUCAGCCAAACCCACAAAAUCUACCCCCAGGUUUUUCACUAAGCCAUAUACAGCAACAACAGCAACAUGCACAGCACCCAGCAUUCUUAAGACAAGAUCUGGUCGGAAGUCGUAUGAUGAAUUUUCUACAACCUCCUCCUGUGUACAAUUCUUUUAACACAGAAACACAAGACAGUCAUAAAGUUCAAAAUCAGAAUGAUGUAUUCAGUACAAAAGACUGGCAAGAUGGACUACGGGCAUUAUUACCAAAUAUUAACAUCAGCUUUGGUGCUCCUCCCACAAAUCCAGCAACCAAAUCAAAUCACCAGCCACAGAAAAAGUGGGGGGUUUCUGCACCGUCACAAAGUUGGAUGACAAAUGACCCAGCAAUUCUUUCCUCAGGAUCUCUUGCAAAUAACGGAAUAUCAGACAAUGCUCCUCACUGGUUAAAGUCAAUUCAUCAACUAACAGAAGUGGAAAGCUCACCAUUUAUGCAGCAUUUUCCACCCAGAAAUUCAUAUUCUGCUGGUUGGCCUACUACACAGAACCCUCCCCCUGGAUUCCAGUCUACAGUUCACUCCACAGCACAGCAUCCAGAGCCACACAAAAUCUCGGAAGGUCUACAGUAAACUUUACAUUCUGGAUACCAACAGAUUUAUCUCCCCUCUGAGACUCAUGUUUAACCUACACACCUGUUUGAGACAUUCAAUGGAGAGAGACCGAAGAAACAAAGUUAUAUCCUAGUACAGUGGUCAAGCAGUAGAAGUGCUUUUAACUUAUUGUAACCCCUAUUUUAGUCAGGGUAGUGUGAACAAGCAUUUUAUUCCAUGUUUACCUCUGGUCACUCAAGCUGUAUUGCAACAGAAGUCAUUGGUUGUUGUAUUGGAAAACAUUUCACAUGCUGUUUUUAAAAAUGGAUCAUAUUAAAACUGGGUUUUUUUCAUACAUAGAUAAUCACUUUUGAACAACAUAUGUUAUAGAUGAACAGAAAAAAAACUUGAAAAUUUUCUAUUCCAUUUUAAGUCAUCUUUUGAUGCUGAUUUUUUAUUUGUUCCAUAGAAUUUUCUUCUUCUGUUUACCAAGUAGACAUUUUUCUCUCCUCACAAAUGAUCACGGAACUCUAUAUGUAACCAAAAUGAAUUGGUAAAUUUUGGUGACAAAAAAUGUUUGAAUACUGGAUGUUAUAUUAUAACGAAUAUACAUGAAAAAUCUUCUUGUGAUUACAACAAUUUUUGUUAUAAAUUCUGCGACCAGUUGAACAAUGGAUAUAUUUGAUUUAACAUUUUCUGACAUUUUGUACUGUGCAUACUGUAAUCAUUGAAUGUGUCUUUAAUUUAUUUUUUCUCACUGACAUAUAAUUCAACUCUUGUAAUUUUUCUCGACUUGUUGCUAUUGUGAAGACCAGGGGUAAAUGUGGGAGGUUUCUUCUCCAGUCAGCAUUCAUAAAGUGCUCCCUUGUUUUAGUUGAUCAUUUACUAUGUAUUGGGCAUUGACUGCCGUUGUAUACAGGCGAACCCUGAGGAAGUCUGUUGAGGGGCAGCGAGUACCUCAGCCUGGAUUUUAACAUCAGACAAUAUAACAUUAAAUGUUUUAAAUAACAGCCA